UACUACUUUGUCUAUCUGUCAUCUGAGCUGUCAAUAUCAAUAUGGUCAAUAUUAAAUUAAGUGAUAAUAAUUCGAAGAAUUAUUAUUUUUCAGUUUAAACAGUUGUACAUUACUGUACAUAACAAUAUUUUAUUCCGAAUACAUAGAUUGUCAUUAGAGUUAUUUCAAUUUUACUUUAUUGUUAAUAAGUUCUAGUUUAAUUGCAUUAUGUGCAAAUAUUAUCAUUCAUUUUGUGAUGCUGUGAGUUCUUAAAUUUAAAUAGAAUCUAUUGCUGUUGAUAAGUCACUGGAAUCUCAAGAUGUUGCAAUUUAUUAGAAAAGAAAUACUUUGGAUCAGUGUAAUAUACUUAAUUAAUAUAUCAUGUGGAUACGAACAAAAGUCAGUCAACAUACAUGAUAACGAAAAAUCAAAUGUUCAACAUGUACGAGACGUCACAAGGUUAAAGCGAUCCACGGAAUUGAAAGUAACCAGUUCAAAUGAAACAAGCCCUAACGUGGACAGUGUAAAUUUAUCUGCGCAUCUAUCUAGCUCUUCUACCGAAAGUUCACAUGCUGUGUAUGAAAAUGUUACUUCCCUUAAUUCACUUGUAUCAAUGCAAGUGAAUGUUUCAUCAUCGGUAGCUCCAAAUAUUUCGGUAGCGAGCCCCUCAGAUGCUGCUCCAUUGCCUGAAAAAAGCUCUGCUGAAGAUGAGCAUAACAGUUCAAUGGCAAUAUUCUUUGUACUUUGUAUACUGGCUUUAGGUAUAUUAUUGAUUCAUCUGAUGUUGCAAACUGGUUUCUCAUAUUUGCCAGAAAGUGUAGUAAUUGUAUUUCUUGGUGCACUUAUUGGUAUGGUUAUCAAUCUUAUGUCUAUAAAGAAUAUAGCAAACUGGAGGAAAGAAGAAGCUUUCUCCCCUACUGCUUUUUUUCUAGUACUUCUGCCUCCCAUAAUAUUUGAAUCUGGUUACAAUUUACACAAAGGCAACUUUUUCCAAAAUAUUGGAUCAAUAUUAUUGUUUGCUAUAGUUGGAACUGCUAUAUCUGCAUUUGUAAUUGGUGCAGGUAUAUAUCUACUAGGUUUGGCUCAAGUAGUCUACCGCCUGAGUUUUGUGGAGUCAUUUGCGUUUGGAUCUCUUAUAUCUGCUGUGGAUCCUGUAGCAACAGUAGCUAUAUUUCAUGCCCUGGAUGUUGAUCCCGUGCUUAAUAUGUUGGUGUUUGGUGAGAGCAUACUAAAUGAUGCCGUAGCAAUUGUUCUCACCACUGCUGUGUUAGAUUCUAAUGAUCCUUACAUGUCAACGGGGGAAGCUAUUUUAUCUGCCAUAAAUCGUUUCUGGCUAAUGUUCUUUGCCUCAGCUGGUAUCGGAGUCUUAUUUGCAUUAGUUAGUGCACUGUUAUUGAAACAUGUGGAUUUAAGAAAAAAUCCUUCAUUAGAAUUUGGUAUGAUGUUGGUAUUUACAUAUGCUCCAUAUGUGCUAGCUGAGGGUAUCCAUUUAUCAGGCAUAAUGGCAAUACUAUUUUGUGGUAUAGUAAUGUCUCAUUACACACAUUUCAACCUUUCCACUGUCACUCAAGUAACCAUGCAGCAAACAAUGAGAACAUUAGCCUUCAUUGCUGAAACUUGUGUUUUUGCUUACUUGGGAUUGGCUAUAUUCAGUUUCAGGCACCGUGUGGAGCCAGCACUCGUUAUUUGGAGCAUAGUGAUGUGCCUUCUCGGCAGGGCGGCGAAUAUAUUUCCUCUGGCAUUAUUGUGCAACAAAUUUCGCGAACAUAAAAUUACAAAAAAAAUGAUGUUCAUCAUGUGGUUUAGUGGAUUACGUGGUGCAAUUUCUUACGCUUUGUCCUUGCAUCUUGGUUUUUCUGACGAAACUCGCCAUGUGAUCAUAACAACAACACUUAUUAUAGUUUUAUUUACUACAUUAUUCUUGGGCGGAUCCACUAUGCCGUUAUUAAAAUUUUUGCGAGCCAAUAAGAAAACAAAACGUUCACGGUCUUUAAGAAAACAAAAAGAGGUAAGUUUAUCAAAGACAAAGGAAUGGGGUCAAGCCAUUGAUUCAGAACAUUUAUCAGAGAUGACCGAGGAAGAAUUGGAGGUUAAUUAUUCACAUGCAACAAGAUUACGCGGCUUUGUGAGAUUGGACAUGAAGUAUUUGACGCCAUUCUUCACUAGACGGUUUACACACCAGGAACUUAAAGAUUGUAAGAGUCAAAUGACAGAUCUUACUAACCAGUGGUAUCAAGCUAUAAGAAUUACAAAUGAUCGGGAAACAGAUGAGGAAGAAAGCUUGCAGCAAAGCUCCCUUUCGAAUUCUCAUAGCAGUCUUCAAAGAGGAGUGUGAGCUUGAAUUUAAUAUAGUUUUGAUCAAUAUUUUAUUUUGAGAACACCUUAGAGGGUGCAUGUUAUAUUUCUAACAAUGUUUAAAUAAUUAUGUCA